AAAUGCGCAUCGGUCAUUGAAAACCGGUGCCAAAAAUACAAGCCUAGACCAAAAAAAUAAAACAGGUUUAAUAGGGCACCGGUUAACCGGUGGCCUUUUCCCAAUAUUCCCUAAAAUUAGAACACGCUUUCUCUCCUCACUCUUCCCUCUCUAUCUCUAACUCACAGGUUCUCUCUCCUCUGUUUCCUAUCUCCUCUCUCUUCUCGCUCCACCACAGCCACCACUAGCACAACCAACGCAACCCUCCUCUCUCUCCAUCCUAGCGUUCCGCCACCACCACCGUAGUCGUCACUAAUGGCGUAAGCCCUUAAAAAACUAGGAGAACGAUGCCUAGAUCUCUAAUGGCGACACUGCUCCUCACAAGGCAAGACAAGUCCAAGGCGGUUGAGAUACUUGUUGGUGAUUUGAAAGUAUUUUCGACAUUCAACGAAGAGCUCUACAAGGAAAUCACACAACUUUUAACUCUAACUAACUUCAGGAAAUGUCUUCUACAAGUUUCUCACCUUCAAAGGAGAAGAAGUGCAAAUGUGGUGUUCCCUUUGCAAAGCUUACCAGUUGGACAAGGGAGAACCCUGGUCGUAAGUUCAAAACAUGCAAGUUCUACGAUCCUGUAACUGAGAGCAGAGGUUGUAAAGCAUUUGAAUGGGUGGAUGAACAAGAUGGGACAGCCUGGCAAACAGAGGUGAUCAACAAUUUGUUGUUAGAUAAGAAACUGUUGAAGGGGGAAAUUAGUGAUUACAAGAGGGAAGUUGAUGAUCUUGGUGGACAGUUGAGGUGUUUGCUGAAUGAAGUGGACAGGCUGAAAAUGAAAUGCAAGGCUUUAAACUCUGACAGGAACAAGAUGAACAGAGAGAUGCAUGGAAGGAAUGCUAGAUCAGAUCACUCUGUUCUUAGUCUUGCUGUUGGGAUUAGUUUGGUCAUAUUAGUGAUCCUUCUUAUUAGGGGGCUUGUAAUGCAUUAAGUAUAACUUGUAAUGCUAGUAAUUGCAUGAAACAGUAAUAUGGUAAUGUAAUGAUUUAUAAGUGGCAGUGAACCACUAUUGCAAGCAAACUAAUGUACACAAUUAUGAAAGCAAUGAAUUAAGUAAGUACCUAAGUAGUUGAUAUUGCA